CAUGAACAAUUUGUGGCAAUAUAUUUGAAGACCAUGCAUGCAUCAAGCAAGCAAGCCAUCGUUGAGUUUAGUAUGUCAAAAACUCGUCCCUCGUACAGCACCUUACCGAGAUCCAGCACCAGACAAACCAUUGUCGAGAGUAAGAAAAGAUUGCUGUCGAAGAUCUCUGUUCUCGGUUUACUAGGGAGUCGUGUGUUCUUUCAUAAACGUGGAGAUCGGGUGAAGAUCCCGAGAUAUCAAAACACCUAUCGUCUCGAACCAUUUCACGCCUUCCAUGCACACGACGUUGAUAUUCUUGUGAAAAAUAUCAUGGAGAGGAAACUGGAGACAGUGACCUCGUACGAUCCGAAUCAGACGUCCAAAUGGUGCAUGGACAUUGGAACCGAUAUACAAAAAGCAAUCUUCAAGAAGGAUUACGACAGGUACAAAAUAGUGACGCAGGUGGGUAUUAUACAACGUCUUGAUCAAAGCAUUCACACGAGCUUCCAGUGUCUCUGGGACGUGGAACGUGACAAUUAUUCCUAUUAUGUUUAUGAGAACAACCACAUAUACGCGUGGUGUAGCGUUUUCGGUAUAUAUUACGAGUAAAUUAUACCUUGCCUUCUAUUCUUUUUCUAUCAAUUAUACACACGAGUUAUCCAUCGGUGCAAGAUAAAAGAAUUAUAUUGCAACAUCAACGAGAGUUUUAUUAAUAAAAAAAAAAAA